AUGAAACACAGUCUAUCAAAUGGUGCUGGGACGGUAUUUUCUGGAUUCGAACAGAUGUUUAGACGGCUUUCACUUCUCUUGAACAAAAAGAGAACAAGGCAACUAAUUAUAAUCUUGAAAAAAAUAAUCCAGGUCUUUGGAAUAAACCUGGUAUUUUAUAUCAAUAAAUGGAAACUGAAAAGAGUACAAGGGGCAAAUAUCCGAAUCAAUGAUAUCAUGCCGUGGCUAAAAGAAUCAACCAUAUUAAUUUUGUUGAACAUACUUUAUCCAACUUUGAAGAAAGUGCAGUUUUUAAAGAGUGACUAUGUUCAUUGGACCUCCAUGGUGGGGAUGUCGUUAAUGCUUACCAAGGGUGAGGCGCCUUCAUGGAUUUUUGCCCAUUUGCUUGUGGAGGCUUUAUAUUCUAAAUUGAAGGCUACAAGACCAGCACAAUGGGCAGAAAAGAGUCUCCCCCUAGCUACAUUAGUAAAAUUUAAACAAAUUUUUGUGUGUUUAGCGGUGAUUGUGUUGUCUUCUAAACUAGACAAGAACUCGUUGUCAUUCCAUGCGCUUUUUGAUCGCAGGUCUUUUUUAACGGAUUUCUUCACAAUCAAUGCCAUUUUCACAAUUUCGACGAUAUAUCGCAAGAUAUUGAAGUUUUUUUUUACUUCAGGAACAAAAACGAAUAGAAAAGACCACAACCACAAUUUCAGGAACUUUUCCGAACUACUCGGAGUUAAGAAUCAUGCUGAUUGGCCCAUAUCUUCAUCGAAUUUGAAGCAUGUAAUUGAUCGUUUGAGUGAAAUACACGAAGUUACAAUUGAGGACAAAUACACCAAUUUAAAUGAAAAGAUAAUCAAUUCGGGUUUCAUCAAAGUAAUUUUCCCAAGUCUGAGAUGGACUAUUUUAAGGCAAUGUAUUGGAUAUUCAUUUGUCACAAAAAGAGGCAAGUUAAUGGACAAUAAAUUGCGGUGCAUUGUGAUGCUUCUUACAUUCACCUUGAUAGAUCCCACCAAUAAAAUGAGAAUCGACUCUUUUUUUGUAAGGUCCUUUGCAAAAUUCUUAACUAAUGUCUACCUGAAAAGGUACUGGCAUUACAACUUCCAGAAAUAUGUGUUAUUUUUUCUGUUCCAGUUUAGCAUUACGUGA